AUGGUGAAAUCCGAGACACAGCACGUCAACCACCACGACAACGUCGAGGCCUUGAACGAUUCCACCCUCCACCACGCCGCCGAGAGAGGCCAGGCCGCCACAGACAAAUAUGGCCAGUCCUUGGUGCAGUACGACCCGGUCGCGGAGCGUCGACUGCGUCUGAAGAUCGACCUGUACAUCAUCCCCACCGUCUCGCUGCUCUACCUUUUCUGUUUCAUCGAUCGCGCAAAUAUCGGAAACGCAAAGAUUGCCGGCCUCGAUGUCGAUCUCGGAAUGGAAGGCUACGACUACAACGUCGUUAUUUCUGUCUUCUACAUUUCGUACAUUCUCUUUGAAAUCCCCGCUAAUCUUCUGUGCAAAUGGAUGGGCCCUGGUUGGUUUCUCCCGCUUACCACGCUGCUCUUCGGCGUCACCUCUUUGGGGACCGGGUUCGUCAAGACCAUCCCGCAAGCAUGCGGAGUCCGCUUUCUUCUGGGUAUCUUCGAAGCUGGAAUGAUGCCCGGCAUCGCCUAUUAUCUGUCUCGCUGGUAUCGCCGCUCCGAACUGGUCUUCCGCCUCUCCCUCUACAUCGUCAUGGCGCCUCUCGCUGGAGCAUUUGGUGGUCUUUUAGCUUCUGCCAUCCUCACACUCGACAACUUUGGUAGCCUGCACCGGUGGCGCAUGAUCUUUGCCCUGGAGGGAAUCAUUACGAUUGCCCUGGCUCUAGUUGGCUUCCUGACCCUUACCGAUCGGCCGGCUUCGGCUCGCUGGCUCAGCGAGGAAGAGAAGGAUCUUGCUAUUGCUCGCGUCAAGUCUGAACGCGUCGGCACCACGGUGGUGCUGGAUAAGAUUGACAAGACCAAGCUUCUCCGAGGCAUACUCUCUCCUAUGACUCUCAGCACGGCAUUUAUCUUCCUGCUUAACAACGUUACGGUUCAAGGUCUUGCUUUUUUUGCCCCGACCAUUGUCAAGACCAUCUACCAGGACAAGACGACAAUUCAACAGCAGCUAUACACUGUUCCUCCUUACGUCGUAGGGGCAUUCUUCACCGUGCUGCUGCCUCUAAUCAGCUGGCGUAUCGACAGACGACAAAUAUUCUUCAUCAUGUGUGCACCGAUGUGCAUGGUCGGCUACUGUAUGUUCCUCGGAUCAGAAAACAACUCUGUUCGCUACGGUGCCACCUUCCUGAUCGCCUCAUCUUGUUUCGCUCUCGGACCGCUCACCAAUGCCCAAGUCUCGGCGAAUGUUGUGAGCGACACAGCUCGCAGUGCGGCAAUUGGCAUGAACGUCAUGAUGGGCAACAUUGGCGGAUUGAUCGCAGGCUGGUCGUUUCUUCCUUGGGACGCGCCCAAUUAUCACAUUGGCAAUGGGCUAAACCUGGCGACGUCUGGAACAGUCCUCAUCGUUAGCACACUGACCUUGCUGUGGAUGAAGAGGGAUAAUAAGAAGAAGGAUGAUGGGGAUGUUGAUGAAGAGCUGAGUGGAAUGACCCCGCAACAGAUUGAAGAUCUCGACUGGAAGCAUCCCGCUUUCCGAUGGAGGCCAUGA